CCGCUCGCCGGCGGUGUGUAUGGUGCUGGAAGCAAGCGCCGCCGAACGAACCAAGGGAGGGUGACGCAGAACCCGAUUGCGAGCUAUGGUAUCCUCGAUCCUCGGUGUUACCAACGGAGCGUGCCAUGGCAGAUGUCUUCUUCGAAGGGGAGAGGAACUCAUCGGCUCCGUCUUCACGACAGUCUGCGGCUCCGACACUUCAGCAUGAUCCAUCCCUGGUUUCUCGUCAUUUCCUGCACCAGGCUGCGAUGUAUCGACGAAAGGGGCGGCAGUGGCGGGAGGAGCCGUGCCUAGUGCGGGCUCACCGGCGUACUUGCAAUCCUUGUCAGGCCUUCGCCAGUUGCACUUCUUCCUGCUAUGCCGACAUGACAGGCAUGGCCAUGGUCUGCCGUUACGCGAUAGCUUCGACGGAAGAUCGAGUGAGAGCGCUGCCCGUACAUUUGUCUGCUGCGCACGUUGAAGCUCAUCGUCGAAGUGUUUUUGGCUGUGCUAGAUGUGGUAGGAGAACAGCAUGGCUGGUACGAAGAGCAACCUUGGAAAGAGGUAACCUUGGAACCUCAUUGGUGCUAAUCCCCAGGACCGACGGGGCCAGCCACGAAACCGACGGAGCGCAACUCGGCGACCCUCUUUCGCUCAAAGCAUCCCACAUCUCAUUCCCGCUGUUCGUACAUUGUACACUCCCCACGCCUCGGCUCUUCCUUACACGAUGGAACAUCUAUACCUCCAGGGAUAUACGAACGGACAAGACCCGCAUUACGAACAGACCUACGACAUAGCAACUGGAUUCGAAUACUUCUCGCCGAAAGAAAGUAAUGGAGUUUUCAACACAGGAAUGGGCAACCGCGAACGAAGCAGUGAGGGAAGUCCA